AUGCAGGAGCUAUGGUCUAUUUCCUGUGACUGGGAUGAUCCCGUUCCACCAACUAUUCGUUUGAAAUGGGAACAUUAUAGGCACGAGCUACCAAAAAUCGCCCAUUACAGAGUUGACCGUUACGCAUUUCUUCCUGACGCCAGCAUUGAAUUGCACACUUUCGCCGAUGCAUCGAUGUCUGCAUAUGGAGCAUGCACGUACGUUCGUUGCGAAGACAGCCAGGGAAACGUGAAAAUUCGAUUACUGGCAUCGAAAAGCAAGGUUGCACCUUUGAAACGACUGUCUGUCGCCCGAUUGGAGCUGUGUGCUUGUGUACUGGCGGCGCAUCUACAUCAUCGUGUAAAGGAAUCAAUUGGCGUCCCUGUAUCAGCAUCUCAUUUCUGGUCGGAUUCAGCGGUAUGUCUAUACUGGAUUCGUGCACCCCCAAAUACUUGGAAGAUAUUCGUUGCUAAUAGGGUCUCUGAGGUGCAACAUUAUACACACGGCGGACGCUGGCAUCAUAUAUCUGGAACAGAAAAUCCGGCCGAUUUAGUGUCCCGUGGGAUGACAGUCGACGAAUUCGUCAGCAGCAAUGUUUGGAAGUAUGGACCGGUCUGGUUGGCAAACCCACAAGAUACCUGGCCGAUAUCGAAUCCAGCCGCAGUACUCAAAGAGGAUUUGGAGGAAAAGCACGUCGUCGUAGCAGUCCAAACUAUACCCAGCAUAAAUCCUUGGUUCCUACGGUGGUCAUCUUAUACGCGCCUGCUUCAUACAAUCGCAUACUGCCUUCGGUUUGCUGCUAGAACUCGUACCAAGACUAGAACACAACCCAGUGAAUCUCUACAAGAAAAUGUCGACCCAAGAAUACUUACCGUCGAAGAGCUUGCCCAUGCCAAUGCCCUGCUAGUCCGAUUCGCCCAGCAUGACGCUUUCAAAGAAGAAAUAAACGAACUCCAACGUGGCAACCCGCUCUCGAAGAAUUCGCCUACCAGACGGCUUCAUCCCUUCUUGGAUCCAAAGAGAAUCAUGCGAGUUGGGGGUAGGCUAAACCUUUCCCAGCUGCCCUACCAAUCAAAGCACCCUGCCCUCCUACCCAAAGGCCAUCCGUUUUCCCAGUUGAUCGUCGAAGAUUACCAUCGCCAACUGCUCCAUGGCGGCGGGCGUCUACUUCUCUCCACGAUACGCGAAAAAUAUUGGCCUUUGAAUGGAAGAAAUCUCGUUAAAAGUGUCGUCCGGAAUUGCUUUCGCUGCUCACGGCACCGUCCGGUUCUUGCACAACAACAAAUCGGACAGCUGCCAGCUUCGCGGGUCAUACAAAAUCGCCCAUUUUCGAUCACGGGUGUGGACUAUGCCGGUCCUCUGUAUUUGAAGCCAAUCCAUAAGCGUGCUGCUCCCGCAAAAGCUUACCUGGCAGUCUUCGUUUGUUUCACUACUAAAGCUGUCCACUUAGAAUUAGUGGGAGACUUGUCUACUCAGGGAUUUCUUGCCGCCUUGCGGAGAUUUAUUGCCAGACGAGGAAUGCCAGCCCAUAUCCAUUCGGAUAAUGGUAAGAAUUUCGAAGGAGCUAAAGGUGAACUGACGGAGCUGUUUGCCAGGUUCAAUAGCGAAAAGGAUCAAGGGGAAAUUUCUGCCGCUUGCGCCCUGAAAGGAAUAACUUGGCACUUGACUCCUCCAAAGGCACCACAUUUCGGUGGCCUGUGGGAAGCGGCGGUCAAGACUGCCAAAAAACAUUUAUUUCGGCAACUCGGAAGCACUCGUCUUUCAUUUGAAGGCUAUUACACAAUUUUGCACCAAAUUGAAGCUGCUCUUAACUCUCGUCCUCUGCUGCCCAUGUCCGACGAUCCAAACGACCUUGCUGCGCUGACACCGGCGCAUUUCCUGAUCGGAACAUCGAUGGCCGCCCUGCCCGACCCAGAUUACCAACAACAGCCGCUCUAUGCCCUUGGACUAUAUCAAAAUUGGCAACUGCUAGUUCAACGAUUCUGGAGUCACUGGAGGAAGGAAUAUCUUCAGGAACUACUUCGAGACACGAAAUAUGCCGCUCGCAACAACGAAAUUCAUCCCGGUCGCAUGGUUAUCGUUGCGGAUGAAUCACUCCCAGCAGUCCGCUGGCCUCUAGCCCGUAUCAUUUCGGUGUAUCCUGGAAAGGACAAUUUGAUACGUGUUGUGGGUUUACGCACCGCAAAAGGAAUUAUAACACGAACCAUCAACAAAAUCUGCAUUCUGCCACAGCCGGUUCCUCCUGAAGAUUCUCGUCUAGUUCCGCAACCCGCGGCAACUCCUGUGGAAUAUCGCCCCGAUGCAAAUCCAGCCACAACAAUUCCGGAUGCUUGA